AUGUCGGUAACGCUGCACACUUCCCUCGGUGAUAUCAAGAUUGAAGUUUUCUGCGAGGCAGUGCCCAAAACCGCAGAGAACUUCCUGGCACUCUGUGCGAGCGGGUACUACAACAACUGCAUAUUCCAUCGAAACAUCAAGGGGUUCAUCGUCCAGACCGGGGAUCCAACAGGUACAGGCAAGAAUGGGCAGAGCAUCUGGGGCGCGCCGUUCGAGGACGAGAUCAGGUCAACGCUCAAAUUUAAUGCCCGAGGGGUAGUCGCAAUGGCUAAUUCGGGGCGUGACACGAACAAGUCGCAAUUCUUCAUCACAUACGCCAAGCAACCCCACCUUGAUGGUAGCAACACUAUCUUUGGCAAGGUCAUCGACGGACACGACACACUCGACGCUAUCGAACGCGUCCCAGUCAACAACAAGAACAGACCGCUGCAGGAGAUUAAGCUGACAGGGGUAAGUCGCCAUAUGUCCGCCCCAUCCAUACGCUAUCAUUGA